AUGGGACAUACGAUUGAUGAAAGGGCUGAAGGUGAACAUAUGAUAGAAGGUGGGCAUAUGGGUGAAGGUGGUCAUGUUGGUGAAGGUGGAUAUAAAUCUGGAUCAGCUGAAGGAACAGAAGGGCAAUCGAGGAGUAAAGAAGGUUCAAGGAAGUCGAAGAAGAAGGGGCUGUAGAGUAGAGAAGCGCGAGGGCACAGUGUAGCAUCGACCGAAACUACCACGGGUACUACGACAACGUACGAUAAUAGGUGUAGGGGCAAAUUUUAAAGAUUUUUAACGUUUUUUUUUAAUUUAAAAAAAAUUAUUUUUGAAAUUGAAAAUUAAAUUUUUUUUGAUUUUUCAACUUUUUUUUAAAAAAAUAUUUUUAAAAUUUAAAAAUUUAAUUUUUUUUUCACUUUUCAGAGGACGCAGCAGUUUCUUAAGUGGUGCCAGCCUUGAUAAAGCCAAAGCGUAUUUGAAUAAACUUAAAAUGGUAUGUUAACAUAGCUCUUUUAAGGUAUUAGACAGCUUUUUAAAUACGUGUUUAAAUCUUUUAAAUUGACAUAUAUCUUUAGAUCGUAUUACUCUGUAAAAUACAUAGUUUUUUGGAUAACAACCUCUGAAUGUAAGCUAAAAUACGACCUUUUUUCAGCGCAAAACAGCUAGCCAAAGUAAGGAACACAUAGAAUUUGUAGCCGAAGAGUUGGUCGAAUCACAGAUUGAACCUGGUGGACAGGAAGAUAAGCUCAAGUCGUAGGUUUUUGAGGACAUUAUUUACCACAGUAGAUUUUUGUUAGGGUAGGGUAGAGUAAAGUAGGAUAGGGUAGGGUCGGGUAGGGUAGAAAUGAGCAACGAGCCGGGCCCGUUUUUGAUUUUGCUCAGUCUUGGCCUGGCCCGGCCCGUUGCUCAUGUCUAGGGUAGGGUAGGCCAAGUAAAAAACAAUAUAGUUACGGAUUUCAGAGAAAAAGCCCCAUCAUCAAAAGUCUUUGCAAAGACAGCACGGAAUGUUUCAGAGCGACCGUCAGUGAAGAAUAGUGCGGUGCAGACGAGGACUGGCUCGGUUGAACAAAGUAAGUCGACAAAUCUAUUAGUUUUUGUAAAGUUACGAGGUUUAAAUUGGUAAAUUAGAGGAUAGAGUGAGUAGGAUGGGUGGGACAAGGUAAGGUAGAGUGAAUAGGUAGGGCAGGGCAACAGAUCUAACGGACAAUUUCUUUUUUUUAGCCGCAGACAGUGCCAAAACAGCAAAGAAACAGCAGCCGCUAAGCAAGUCGAACAAAAGUCAUGUGAAGACAGCCAAAAUGCCAAAGUCAAAAGGACCUGUUCAGAAGUCAAAAUCCGUCGCUCAAAACAAGAAUUCCGUCGAAGAGCCUCAACUUUGA